AUGCUUGAUGGGUCGAGCCCCCAGGCUGGCAAAAUCUGGAAGAAGGCAGUCCUGACCUUCUCCCUUGAUGGCAAGAAAAUGACCAAGACCUUCCUUAUAUGUAACACGGGGUCUCACGCCGCCAUCUUGGGAUUGAAAUGGUUGGGUGCACACAACCCGGAAAUCAAUUGGAAUAUGCGUACUCUCACCUUCCCUCACGCACCUCCCGACCACGUGGCCAUUGCCGAGGAGGAAGAAGCAGACAAAAAACCCCUUGAAGGAGUACCCCCCAAAUACCAUCAAUACGCCAAGGUAUUUGGAGAAGAAGAAUUCAACAAGCUUCCUCCCCACCGGCAUUACGAUAUUGGAAUUGAGCUAACAGAAGAAGGACCCCUCAACUUGCCCUUGUAUAGCAUGACCGACGCAGAAUCCGCUACUCUUAAAGAUUGGCUCAGGGACAAACUCCAAGCUGGGAAGAUCCGUCCCAGUAAAUCAUCCAUCACCUCCCCAGUCAUGUUUGUACCUAAAAAGGAUGGCUCCCGCCAAUUGGUCGUUGACUACCGUUGUCUUAAUAACCAGACCAAGAAAAAUGUAUACCCGUUGCCCCGUCCAGACAACCUCAUGGCCCAGCUCCGUGGUGCCAAGGUCUUCACCAAGUUAGAUCUAAGAUGGGGUUACAACAACAUCCGUGUUAAGGAAGGUGACGAAUGGAAAACCGCGUUCCGCACUAAGUACGGCCUGUACAAAUCCCUUGUCAUGACUUUUGGCCUGACCAACGCCCCGGCUUCAUUCCAACAUUUUAUGAACAAUUUGUUCAAGGAUCUGCUCAAUGUAUGCGUCAUCAUAUACCUUGAUGACAUCCUGAUCUACUCCAAGGAUGACGCAUCCCACACCCAGCACGUCCACAAAGUCCUACGCUGGUUGAUGGAAAACCAAUUGUUCUGUAAAGCAUCCAAAUGUACCUUCCACAUCACUUCAGUGGAAUACCUGGGAAUCAUUGUUUUGGACAAAGGUUUCAGCUUGGACAAGCUCAAGAUCCAGGCUGUACAAGAUUGGCCCACGCCCACUAAGGUUAAAGAAGUUCAAUCAUUCCUAGGCUUUGCCAACUUCUUGCGCCGGUUUGACACGCUGUGGAAAUGGGGUACCAAAGAACAGGAAGCAUUCCAAGGGUUGAAAAAUGCCAUUACCAACGCCCCGGUCCUCUGCCACGCAGAUCCCAGUAAACCAUACUUCCUUGAAACGGAUGCAUCCGGCGCAGCUCUAGGUUCCAUACUCAGUCAACGGCAGGGAGACGGACGCCUACACCCACUAGGAUUUCUGUCAGAAUCAUUUAAGGGAGCAGAGCAGAAUUACGACACGCAUGAUAAGGAAUUACUAGCAAUCAUCCGGUCCUUUGAACACUGGCGUAUCUUCUUAGAAGGAACUCUACACCCUGUCACUGUGUUCACGGACCACCGUAAUUUGGAGUAUUGGAAGGAGUCCCGUACAUUCAACCGUUGUCACGCCAGAUGGCACCUGUUACUGGCCGGAUAUAACUUCCAAAUUGUCUAUUGCCCUGGUAAACAAUUGGGGAAGCCGGAUGCACUCUCACGCCAAUCGGAUCAUGCCGACAUACCACCUGCCAGUCAAACUAUGCUCCCCAACCCCGUAUUUGCCAACGUAGCACUAGUCACACCUGAAAAAGAGCUCCAGUGCCAAAUCAAGGUUAGCCUAGACCAAGACAAAUCCCUGGAGGAAAUAUUACAAUUCCUCCAGAAUGAAUCCAAGGCACCAACGUCUAUCAAAAGAGCAUUCAAGGAUUACAAGAUGGAGGCCGGACUACUCUUCUACCAGGGGCAAAUUGUGGUCCCUGACGUUGGAACCCUGAGGACAGACCUGCUGCGCAUAUUCCAUGACAGCCCCUUAGCAGGACACCCAGGGAGACAACGAACCUUGGAACUGGUCUCAAGAAACUACUAUUGGCCCGGGAUCUGUGCCAACACUUACUGGCACGUGGACUCCUGUGAAACCUGUCAAUGGAUCAGAAAACCCAAACCUACCAAAGGAGGAAACAACAACUCCAUCCUAGUCAUAGUAGAUAGCUUCACAAAAUAUGGAAUCUUUGUCAAAUGCUCCAAAAAGCUCAAAGCACCCAAGCUAGCAGAGCUGUUCCUGGAGCACGUAUGGAAACGCCAUGGAAUGCCGGAGAAGACAAUCUCAGACAGAGGCAGAGUCUUCAACAACAAGUUCCUACGAGCACUCUACAAACGGUUAGGCAUUGACCCGCACUUCUCUUUGGCUUACCACCCACAAAGCAACGGGCAAACAGAACAAGUCAACCCCUCUAUUGAACAUUUCCUGAGGGCUUACUCCAGUAUCAAUCAAAAGGACUGGACAAGAUGGCUCCCAAUGGCGGAAUUUGCAUACAACAACGCCGUACAUAGCAGUACAGGGAAAACUCCGUUCAAAGCCUUAUAUGGGUGGGAACCUUCCCUAACCCCGUCCAAUGUACCAACAGAUGUCCUGGAAGCCAAUGAGCUAGCUCAGACAAUGGAAGCCCAAUGGAAAGAAGUGGAAGCAGCACUCCGGCAAUCUAAGGCAAGAAUGACCGCCGGGGAAGAAGGAAGCCCAACCCCAUUCAAAAUAGGAGAGGAAGUGUGGCUCAAUGCCAAGAACGUUAACCUCAGAACCCUGAGUCCCAAACUAUCAGAACAACGCUUGGGACCCUUCAAAGUUUCUGAAAAGAUCUCCGACCGCGCGUACCGGCUCAAGCUCCCCCCAACUAUGCGCAUCCACGAUGUCUUCUAUGUGGGACUAUUAUCAAAGGUCAAAAGGGAUGACAAGCGCGCCUUCAAGAAUUGCCCCCCUCCAGUCACCGUGGACGGGGAAGAGGAAUACAAAGUAGAAGGGAUAACGGACAUGGAAGAGAGGAGCGGAAAAUGGUUCUUCAGAGUCAAAUGGAAGGGCUAUGGACCAGAAGAAAACACGUGGGAACCCCAAGAGAACCUCAAAAAUGCGGGGAAAAUUUUGAAGAAGUAUGAAGAAGAAAUGAGGAAGAAGGCCCUUGGCACUGCCAAGGCCCUUAGAGGGGGGGCAGUGUUGUAG